UCCGUCCAGCGGAGGAACCACCGCAGCUCCAAAACAUUUCAACACGAGCCGUGUUUACUCCCGUCGUCUGCUCGGCCGCCUCACGGGAAAUGUAGUCCGGCCACCGCUCUCCCUCCUCCUGACUGGCAGCGGCUGCGCACUACACUUCCCACAAACCACCGCGUUGUUGUCGGCGACCCCCAUCUUGUGUCGUCCUCAUGAAUAUAUAUCAGGCGGCAUUUGCGUAGGAGGUCGGCCGACGUUCAUUUCAUAUUCCGGCGCUGUAUUCUGCUCCAAGCGGGACGCGCCGCACGUCUCCGCCCCGAUCCGUCCCCGCACGCCCUGCCCAGCCUCUUCCGAGAGAAUCUCAUCGGUAACAUGGUUUUUUUUUCUCCCCACCUCCCCGGAGCAGCGGAGGAGACUCAGACAGGGAAAGCGAAGGCGAGAAGUGAAUGACUACCAGCGGGAUAAGUCAGCCACACCGCCCCUUCGGCGGACAUUCAGCGAGGCGGGUUCGUAUCCUGGCUUUUAAAUGUAGUAGUAGGUGUAACCGAGUGCGCACCGUUAUUUACCCUGAGCGGGACAGAGAUGGAAAGUGUGCAGGCUGCCGCUGAGGACGCGUCGGAUGGAGGCGCGGCGAAGUUCAUGAAGAAGCCCAGCGCACUGUCUGUCGCCCGCGGGACUCCGGCGGACGAUGGCGGUGGACAUUCGGCUCCCUCCCGCGCAGAGGCGAGAAACGGGAACAGCUUCACCCACUCCGCCUCGACCGCGGGAUCCAGUGCGUCAGACCGAGCCGUGUUGUCUAAUGGCCGGGGCUCGUCCAGCAACUCCAGCUCCCUCCUGUUGAGACGCAGGCGCUUGAAGAGGAACCUCUCCGCCGCAGCUGCAGCCUCCGCCGCCCCGGCUGUCACCGCCGCCUGCGGUGCCAAGAUGAACUCGGCCCUGUCCUCUGCGUCGCUGCACACCCGGAGUCUGGACAGGAAGACGCUGCUGAAGCACCGGCAGAACAUGCAGCUGCAGCCCGCAGAUCGCGAGUGGGUGAGGGCAGAUCUCCACCGGGGCUCCGUACAUGUCCACGACAGACUGACGCCCUCUUAUCCCAGGCCGGUCCUUUGCACUAUGGACACCACAGCCGGCGAGGUGGCGCUCCGUCUGAGUAAACUCUGCAGUAAGUCGAGCUCCGUUAUGCGCAUUUUCUGUAAAGACAGCCCCAAGACUGAUCAAAAUGGCAACUGCAAUGUGAAGUAUGAUUACAGUGAUAACCCAUGCAAGGUGAUGGAAGACUCGAGUAUGAAAUGCAACCACCUGACCCCCCUGGAAUCCACAGAUUUAAGGGACCAUCCGAGGGACAGGCUGAGGCUGCUGCUCAUGGAGAAUGCAGAUGAGAGGCAAAAGCAACAGGACGUUGAUGGAAAACUUUUCACCCCUGACUCAGAGUCGCAAGACAUAAUAACCUGUUCACUGUCAGAUUUGAAUUCCAACUCAAACAUGGACACCCCCAAUGAUGAUGACGACUCAGAGCACAGGAAUGGUGUGGACAGCUAUGGACUAAAUUCUGGCUCAGAUGUGGAGAGCAGUGCAUUCGAUGACCUGAGCUCCGGGGCCCGGCUCAGCGAGCACAGGGACUCCCUCAGUGAUGACAUGAUCCUGGGCACUGAGGCAUCCAUCCUCAGCCCUACGUUUGACAGCGCCACAGAGGGCCACGACAUGUAUGGCAGCUCCUCGGACGAACUGGAGCUCGACUGUCCUGCAUCGAGCACAAGCAUGGACCCCAUCUCCCAACAUCACAACGGUGGCAUCACUGCCAGCUACAAGCAGUGCAACCUGGGACUUUUAAAUGACAAUGUUGGGCCGGAGAGCAGGCUGAGCCCACACAGCCUGGGCAGCCUGCCAACCAGCAGCAGUGCCGGCUCAUUGUCAACAGCCUGUUCUACAGGUAAUACACCUGACAUCCAACAUCCGGACUGUGGCCAAGGCGCUGCAAAACCAGGGCUGUCAGAUGACCACAAUGGAAAUUCCUGUGAUUCCAGCCCCACGCUGUAUGUGCAGCUGCAUGGAGAAGCUGUCAGGAGGCUUAGCCCAGAUGAGAGGCCUCUGCAGAUCCAGAAUGACUUUCUCUUUAAGCUUGGAUUUAAGGACCCAUGGCGAGUUCAAGAGGAAGGGCUUAACACAGAAAUCGGCUCCUUGUUACGUUUUUAUGCAGGGAAACCCCAAAGCAUUGAGAGCUCUGAGCGGGUCCAGCUGUCAGGGACAUACAACGUUCGGAAAGGGAAGCUUCAGCUACCGGUCAACCGCUGGACCAGGCGGCAGGUCAUCCUGUGCGGCACCUGCCUCAUCGUCUCCUCUGUUAAAGAGAGCCAGACAGGGAAGAUGCAUAUCCUGCCGCUCAUUGGAGGAAAAGUGGAGGAGGUGAAGAAGCACAAUCACUGUUUGGCCUUCAGCUCAGCGGGCCCUCAGAGUCAAACCUACUACGUCAGCUUUGACAGCUUCACGGAGCACCUGCGCUGGCACAGACACGCUGCCAAGAUGGUGUCCCAGAGAAUAAACUCGGUAGACCUGUCUUGCUGCAGCCUUGAGCAACUUCCUACCAACCUCUUCUACAGUCACGACCUUACCCACCUCAACCUCAAACACAACUUCCUGCCUGCUGACCAGCGGUUGCAGCAGCUGCAGAGGUUUUCCCGUCUGCGAAGCCUCAACCUGUCCAACAACCAUCUCAGUCAGUUUCCCCUCGCCAUCUGUGACAUCCCCACCCUGACGGAGGUCAACCUCAGCUGUAACUACCUGGCCUCUGUGCCCAGCUCCGUGGGAGCUAUGUCCAACUUGCAGACGUUCCUCUUGGAUGGCAACAGUUUAGAUGAGCUGCCCAACGAGCUGGGAUCCCUCCAGAGGCUGAGCUACGUAGGUCUGUCCUUCAACCAGUUCAACCACGUUCCCCAGGUGCUGGAGCGUUUGACCUCCAUGGAGAAGCUGUGCAUGGCCGGCAACAACCUAGAAACACUCGUCCUGCAGAAUUUCAGACUGCUCCGAGUCAAACACAUCGAUUUAAGGCUGAAUAAAAUCUCCAGCAUGGUGCCAGAUGAGCCUGACCUGCUGAGGCACGUGACCCAGCUGGAUGUGAGGGACAACAGGCUGACGGACCUGGACGCCUCAGUCUUCCCCAGACUGGAGGUGCUUCACUGUGAGAGGAACCUCAUCUCCAGGCUGAAGGCCAAGGGUUGCUUGCUCAAAGGCAUCUACACUGCCAACAACGAGCUACGACAACUGGAUGUCAGUCCCGUGCCUUCCAAUCUCAGCUACAUGGAUAUCUCGAGGUGAGAAAAAUCUGCCAUCCCUCCGUUUAUUUUUGAUCUUCUCGUUCUGACCUGACCAUCUGUAUAUUCCUCAUGCCGCAGGUUGUUCUGCAGCAACAGUCUUAGGAAGCUGAGUGCAGGACAUAACCAGUUGCAGAAGCUGCCUGAAAGAGUGGAGCGCCCUCUGCUGGAGGUUCUGGACAUACAGCACAAUCAACUGGUGGAGCUGCCCUGCAACCUGUUCCUCAAAUCUGACAGCUUACGAUGCGUGAAUGCAUCAGCCAACAAGCUGGAGCACCUGCCGCCUUCCAGCCUUUCAGAGGAGAGUCACAGCAUCCUGCAGGAACUCUACCUCACCAACAACCGGCUGACGGACAAGUGUGUGCCCAUGCUGACGGGCCACUCACAUCUGCGGAUUCUGCACAUGGCGUACAACCAUCUCCUGACCUUCCCAGCCAGUAAAAUGGCCAAGUUGGAGGAGCUGGAGGAGGUGGACCUAAGCGGGAACAUGCUGAAGACUGUGCCCACGACCAUUAUGAACUGCCGGCGAAUGCACACGCUCAUCGCCCAUUCCAACGCCAUCGAGGUCUUUCCGGAGGUCAUGCAGCUGAUAGAGAUGAAGUGUGUGGAUCUGAGCUGUAACGAACUGAGCGAGAUCACCCUCCCAGAGAACCUGCCCCCCAAGCUCCAGGAGCUCGACCUGACUGGAAACCCUCGUCUCAACCUGGAUCACAAGACGCUCGAGCAGCUGAAUAAUAUUCGCUGCUUCCGUAUUGAUCCGCCUCCAACCUUUUCGUCGAACGAGGCAUCUGGUGGGCCUGCUGUGUGGAGUCAUGGUUACACAGAGGCCUCGGGCGUCAAGAACAAACUAUGUGUCGCAGCACUUUCAGUAAACAGUUUCUGUGGAAGUCGUGAAGCUCUGUACGGUGUGUUUGAUGGGGACCGGAAUGUGGAAGUGCCGUACCUUUUGCAGUGCACGAUGAACGACGUGCUGGCUGAAGAACUACACAAGACCAAGAGCGAGGAGGACUACAUGACCAACACCUUCCUCGUCAUGCAAAGGAAACUCGGGACUGCGGGUCAGAAACUGGGCGGCUCGGCUGCUCUGUGUCACAUCCGCCAUGACCCCACCGACCCUGGCGGCUGCUUCACCCUCACGGCUGCGAACGUGGGCAAGUGCCAGGCCAUUCUGUGCCGUGACGGGAAGCCACUGUCGCUGUCCCUGCUUCACAACAUAGGGCUGGAGGAGGAAUACCGCAGGAUCCGACAGCACAGGGCUAUUAUCACUGAGGACAACAAGGUGAAUGGUGUGACCGAUUCUACAAGAAUCAUGGGCUACUCCUUUCUCUACCCAUCCGUCAUCCCUUGUCCCCAUGUGCAGACAGUCACUCUCACAUCCCAGGAUGAGUUCUUUAUUCUGGGCAGCCGGGGCCUGUGGGAUACUGUGUCUCCCACUGAGGCUGUAGAGGCUGUUCGAAACGUCCCAGAUGGCCUGGCUGCGGCGAAGAAGCUGUGCACGCUGGCGCAGGGAUACGGUUGCACCGACAGCCUCAGUGCUGUUGUGGUCCAGCUCAGUGUGAGUGAAGACUGCUGCUCCUGCUGCUGUUCUGAGCCUGCCCAGCCUCCUCCGAGCCCCGGCCUGGGCACUUACCCCUCAUCGUCCUCUGCCAUCAAGGAGCGGCCCUCGGACGGCUCCCUCCCCGUGCCCCCUUCCUCCUGCAGUGAAAUCAGCAGUGAGAUCAGCACCAGCGAGAUGAGCAGCGAAGUGGGCUCCACAGCCUCAUCUGACGAACCCCCGCAGAGCUCCUUGGUGCUGCUGCAUGACCAGCCCCACCAUCCACACCUCCACCUGCACCAUCAGGCCCACACGCUGUCCUUACAGCACCAGCAUGGCCACACGACCUCUCAGCCCUGUCAGUACCUGUUCCCUGGUUCAGAGCUGCCCUCUGCCCGCAGCUGCUGUGCCCUCCAUCCUGCCUGUUUAGCAGGGUCCUUCCAGAGACAGCUAUCCAGUGCCACUUUCUCCAGCGCCCUGUCAGACAAUGGGCUGGACAGCGAGGAUGAGGAGCCCAUUGCUGGCGUUUUCUCUAAUGGGAGCCGCGUGGAAGUAGAGGCAGACAUCCAUUGCCUCAAAGCAGAGUCCUCCACCUCGUCAUCGCCCCAAACAUCAUUACCCUCAUCCACCAGCCAAGAGCGCACCCUGCUGACUCUUCCCCCUCCACCACCCCCCCCGCCGUGCACCCCAGAGCCCCUCGACGAAGGUGUCGACAUGAGCCUCGGUGACGUUGAGAAUGGACUGGAGAGGGACGAGAUGUGGCAGGGAGUUGGAGCAGGUGGUGGGGACGGAGGGAAGUUAGCAGCUAAGAAGAGGGUUAAUGGGUCAGUGGCACGCCAGGAAAAGAGUCACAACCUCAUCGAGGUGGCUGCCGACGCUCCCUCGAAGAAAUCUGGCGGCUACUUCACAGCUCCAGCCCAGCCUGACCCUGACGACCAGUUCAUCAUCCCCCCUGAGCUGGAGGAGGAGGUGAAGGAAAUCAUGAAGCAGCAUCAGCAGAAACAGCAAAAGCCACCUGGGACCGAUCAGCCCAUGGACUACUACGACACCCCCCUCUGAACAGCAGCACCAACUAAAAGCCUCAUCUCCUUUCCAGCAGCAGCAUGCACACGACCCAACAUCAACCCAACAUCAACCCAACCGCUCUCAUUUCCCUCAAAUGUGGGCACAAAUGAAGUGAGAUUCCUCGAGAGGCUGUUAAAUGCACAUGAAAGCCUUCCAGCUCUACACAGCCUUAUCCCUGGAGAACCAUGCACUGUUACUGCUCCUCCUGUUUUUACCGAAGCAACUCAUAGAAUACAACAAGCAAACGAGCCCUUUAAUGAUACUCAACCCUCCUGGUGUCCACGGUCGUGCCCUUCUCACAGACUGGAACUUUUUCUUUGUUUUUUACAUGAGACAACCAGCGGAGUAUGUAAUCAACACUAGUCUCUUUGCAAUAGCAUUAGCUCACCACAGCACUUGUUAAUAUUGAUAACAAUUACAUGGUUUGUUUGUUUGUUUUGUAAGAAUUUACCAUAUCUUUCAAUGUGAAAGCAGAGAAGUUGAUGAAAGAACUUUUUAAAAACAGAGACACAUAAUCUUUUUAUGAUCAGUGAACUAUGUCGAAUGGUGCACUAGUAAUACCACACUUAACUGUUGUAGAUAGGGCACUUAAAAUACUGUAUUUCUUCAGUAAAUCAUGGCUCCUGGCCUGGAAAAUGGCAUAGAAAUUUUUUGUAGAAGUUUUAAAUACUAACUCCUAGGAGUUGCAUACUCUUUAUGGUGACUCAGUCACUUUUACUAAUCUUCUCUGAGAGAAAUGGUGAUUUUUGUUUUGUUUAUUGUUUUGUUUUUUUCCAAUGAUUGUAAAUAAGAGAAAUGUUGUAUACUGAUGCUUUUGAAGGAGCUGUGUACCUGUAUGUCGGUGAAAGUUGUAACGGUGGGGAGGAUAAUGUGCGGUUCGCCAAGAGUUUGCUGUUAUGGAGGUGUCACUUCCCUUUAUCUUACAAAGUAGACUCACAAAUAUGAAACACACAUACACACACACACACACACAAAUGUUAAUGUGCAAUUGCAGUUCUGAAUACCCAGCAUUCCAUGCUAUACAACAUUACUGUAUCUAAUAAACACUAAUAGACGGAUCUUUGCAUGCACACUUGCAUGCAUGCACAUUUACACACACAUACACACAUACACAAGCAUACAUGGACGCCCACAGGAUAAUAUUAGUCCCACCUCACCUCCCUCCUACAGUAACUGUUAUCACCGGCAUGACUGUGUCAAGUUCAGUACUACAAACAAAUAUAUCUACAUGGAAAAGUGACAACACAAA